AUGUCCACAACACAUUCUUCCAGCAAGCCUAGUUUCCCAGCAUUUCCACCAUCUCCCUUCACGCCACCAUUUGAUGAGCUAUUCUCCUUAUAUCACGCCAUUCCCCUCCAAAACAACCCUCAUAUCCGUCUUCCUCCUUGUUCCAUCCCUCGCAAUCAACGUUUUCCCAUCUUCUUCUUCCCCAUCGACCCUCCUCUAUUUGGUUCCUUCCCAGGUCCCCAAAUCUCUAAAUUCGAUGGCCGCGACCCCCCCGGAUGCAUCUGCAACAUCGACGAUUAUUUCGACUUCUACGCCACUCCUCACCACCACCGAAUCCGCUUACUGCGUCUAUGUGAGGAAGGCCUUUGUUCAAGGUGGCUCCGCUGGAUGCAGACCAACGUUCUCCUGCAGCCGAUCAAAAUUCCGGUGGCUGCUUCAUCCUUGGCCCCUCCGCCACCAUGGAUCGAACUUCCCGGGGACGUGACUUCCAAUAUUUUGCAUAGGCUGGGGGCGGAGUGGAUGUUGACAAGUGCGCAAGUGUGUGCUACAUGGUGGAAGGUUUCCAAGGAUCCCGACUUGUGGCGAGUCAUCGACUUCUCCAACCCUAGGCAAGGGGUUUUUAAUGGCCAGUACAAUGCCAUGUGCCGCCGCGCAGUGGAUCGUAGCCAGGGACAAUUGGUCGAUCUCACUGUUCAGUACUUCGGGGACGAUGCACUCUUGGACUACAUUGUCCAUAGAUCACCAAAUCUCAAACGCCUUAAACUUGGAACUUGCUUUUUCAUAUCAGGAUAUUGUUCACGUAGAAUGGUUGCAAAACUUCCACAGUUGGAAGAAUUGCACCUUACUCUUAGACCUGGGAUUGGUGCUUGCGACAUCGAGGUUAUUGGCAAAUCUUGUCCAAUGUUGAAAUCUUUCUCAUUAAACGGAUUUAAGUGCAUACUUCCCGAUCCAACAUAUGGUGGUGGUCUUAUUCAUGGAUACUUUCAGAAUUUGUAUGCUCGCGCAAUCAGCAGAAGCAUGCCUAAUUUGCAGCAUCUACAAGUAUUUGCACAUUGGAUUGGAAAUGAAGGACUCGAAGCCAUCCUUAACGGUUGUCCACGCCUUGAAUCACUUGACAUCCGUAGAUGUUUUGAUCUCGAUCUUCGAGGGGAUUUGGGGAAAAGAUGCCGUCAACAAAUUAAACAUCUUAAACUCCCUAGUGACUCUAUCAAUGAUAUACCAUGGCCUAAUUGCGAUGGUGGCGAUCCGUUUACUUCUUCUGCCUUCUGGUUUGAAUAUUACAUAUACAAACUUUAUACCGACCAUUUUCCGCGUCCUGACUAUAACUUCAACAGACGGUAUAGGUGUCUUUAUUUAUUCAAUCAUGGGUAA